CAGCAUAACCUAGAAAUUUAUCACUCAAAAUGAAAACCAAAAAAUAUAAAAAUGUAUAGGCAUUUGAAAUCUUUGCAUUUCCCUUUACGUUCAGUAAUUGGCGAUACGGUAAAGCAACAUAAACAUUUCUUUCCUAAUGUAGGUAUCCAAAAUAAAUUAUUUUCAACAUUUCAACCACAUCCUUUCUCAAAAUUAGGAUCUACCAAACUAAGUAAGUCAGUAAAUCAAGAAUACGCUGCAGUUCAUGCCCUAUUAUAUCGCUCUGGUUUACAAAGUAUUACACAACUGCAAAAUUAUUUAAAUAAGCGAAAUAUCCAUACCACCCCUAGUCAUUUUCAAAACCCUCCUAAGCAAAAUGGCCCUGGAGGGCAGAAACCGGAUAAGGAUGAUGAAGACAAAGAUAAAAUAUCGGCACUCUUAGCUAAGGCUUUUCUAUGGAUGUUAACAGCUUAUAUGGUGAUUGCGGUAAUAUCGCUAAUGUUCCCGAGCAGCAAUCAACCAGAGGUUGUUCGUUAUGUAGCCUGGAAUGAGUUUUUAUAUCAAAUGUUAGCUAAAGGUGAGGUAGAAGAAAUUAUUGUUAGACCGGAUAUUGAAAUUGUCACUCUUGUCCUUUACGAUGGGGCUGUUAUUAAAGGGAAAAGGAUAGAUAACAGAACUUUUCAUAUGAAUGUAGUGGAUGUUAACAAAUUUGAAGAUAAAUUAAGAGAGGCUGAAAGGAGAUUGGGAAUACAAGAUGGUGUUCCGGUCAUAUACGAACGUAGCACUGAUACAGCAGGAAAACUGCUCAUCUCCUUAUUGGUAGUUGCCAUACUUAUAUCGAUGUUGGCACGAAGCAAAAGUAUUAGGCCUCCUAUAAGUAUGGACACAUUUACCCAAUUAGGAAGAGCAAAGUUCACACUAGUCGAUCCACUAACUGGGCCGGGUAAGGGUGUGCAUUUUUCCGACGUAGCUGGUUUACGAGAGGCCAAGCAAGAAGUAAUGGAAUUUGUCGAUUACUUGAAGAGGCCGGAGCAUUAUAAGAAUUUAGGUGCCAAAGUUCCCAAAGGGGCCCUUUUGCUUGGACCACCAGGUUGUGGGAAAACUUUGCUGGCCAAAGCUGUUGCUACCGAGGCUAAUGUUCCGUUUUUGUCCAUGAACGGGUCAGAAUUCAUAGAAAUGAUAGGCGGAUUGGGAGCUGCGAGAGUGAGAGAUUUAUUUAAAGAAGCAAGAAAACGUGCACCCUGCAUCAUCUACAUAGAUGAAAUUGACGCAGUAGGUCGUAAGCGGAGUGGGCAGCUUGGUUUUGAGGGAGCGAGUGGAGAAAGCGAACAGACACUGAACCAGCUCUUAGUCGAAAUGGACGGGAUGGCCAGUAAAGAAAAUGUCAUUAUGCUGGCGUCGACAAACCGAGCAGAUAUUCUAGAUAAGGCGUUAUUACGUCCAGGCAGAUUCGACAGACACAUUCUGAUAGAUUAUCCGGACUUAAUAGAAAGAAAAGAAAUUUUCGAGCAACAUCUGAAAAUCAUAGCUCUGGAGCAUUCGCCUGAAACUUACUCCAAGCGAUUAGCCUACUUAACGCCAGGAUUUAGCGGAGCAGAUAUCGCAAAUGUUUGCAACGAAUCUGCCUUGCACGCUGCGCGUUUGAAGAAAACCAAAGUCUCUAAAGAUGAUUUAGAGUAUGCAGUAGAGAGGCUUGUAGGAGGUACUGAAAAACGGAAUCACGCAAUGUCCUUACAAGAAAAGGAAGUUGUAGCUUAUCACGAAUCGGGACAUGCUCUGGUUGGAUGGAUGUUAGAACACACAGACGCUCUUUUAAAAGUAACAAUAGUCCCGAGGACAAGUCUUGCCCUAGGUUUUGCCCAAUACAUACCAAGAGAUCAGAAGUUGUACACUAAAGAAGAAUUAUUUGACAGAAUGUGUAUGACCUUAGGUGGCAGAGUGGCCGAAUCUUUGAUAUUUAACAGAGUGACCACCGGUGCCCAAAACGAUUUAGAGAAGGUCACAAAAAUGGCGUACGCCCAAGUGAAAGAAUACGGAAUGAGUAACACGGUCGGUUUAAUAAGUUUCCCAGAAGAGGAAACUAAAGAGUUGGGGAAGAGGCCUUAUAGUAAAAAAUUGGCAAACGUCAUCGACGCGGAAGUCAGGAGCCUUGUGGCGUCAGCUUACAAGCACACCGAAGGAGUUCUACUCAAACACAAAUCGAAGCUUAUACAGCUUGCCGAAACACUGUUUAAAAAAGAAACAUUAAAUUACGAGGAUGUAGAAAAGCUGCUUGGACCGCCACCUCAUGGAAGGAAGAAAUUGAUUGAUCCGGCAGAGUUUGAGGAGAACGUCAGGAAGGAUGCUGGUGAUUACAAGUCACGGGAGUCUGAGGCAAGUUCGCCUGUUUAAUUACAAAUUAGAAAUAUAGUUUGUUUGUAACAUAGCUAAUAAAUGUUUUUUUAAACAUA